AUGAUAGGCACCUUCAUCUACUGGAAUUUUCGGGGGAACAAAGGGAACGCGAACAUUUUAAGGAUCUCCCUCCCCUGCAGUUACAACACGAUAAAGAAGAAGAUCCUGGAGGCGGCCAACUUGAAUCUACAAAGCAGCCUGGACAUUCUCCUUUACCACAACAACAGAGUGCUGAGCGAAUAUGAAAGCAUACAAAAUGAAAUGCUGGUGGAAAUCCAGCGGAGCAAUAUAGAUGUGGUUAAAGAGUUGCUGCAAAGAAGUAAUCAUGCCUAUUUGGAAAGGAACAAAAGUGUGCAAGACAAUAGAAGUGGAGUUAUGCCCCUCUCCGGUGAGAGACAAAGUGAAGUGCAAGAUAAUAAGGCAAAUGGAACUACUACGGUUGGGAGCGCAUAUGAUAGUGGCGGACUAGCGAGCAACCAACGAGGUAUAGGGACGCACGAGGGGAAGCCAAAUAGCCUGGAGCUAAACAGAGCACCCAAGAUGAGCCGAAGGGCGAAUUACCCAUAUAGCAGUAAACAGCCAUGGAACGUCUACAACAGAAAUGCUAUAAGUACGAAAGAAAAUAAUGAGGAUGAUGAGGACAUGAAGAUCCAGCAAGUGAUGGAAGAAAAUAACCCCUACCAUCAACGUCCAGACUUUGCCAAAUCUAGAAUGUCAAAUUAUUAUAAAAAGGAUAGAAAUAAUGUUUCCCAGUUUUAUGGGAACAAUAAAUUUAAGAGUGUAGCAUCUCCUGCUGCUGCGUCUGCAUCUGCCUUUGCCUCUGUUUCUGCUUCCGCUUCCUCCAUCUCGAAGAAUUUAAGUGCCUACAAUUCGGAGUCCUCCGCUUCCAGAGGAGAUCACCACUUCCAAAACGGAGUGGCAGGGACAUGUAGUAAGUACUACAAAAUGAGGGGGGCCUCACAAAAUAGUCUCUAUGGCAAUGCAAAUAGUCAUAGCACUUACACAAACUGGAGAAGUCAACAGAAGGGACAGACUUUCUAUAACAAUGGGAGCAACCAAGAGACAAGCACAAAGUAUGUUUCGCCCGACUACAUAUGUCACAUGUGCGGGAAGAAGGGGCACAGCAUUAGGAAUUGCACCAUGAGCUCUUUUAACAAUAAUAAGAAGAUAAAGGUACCCACAGGAAUCCCGACGAACUUUCUUACGAAAAUUAAAGCAGAGGAUAUUAAUAAGUAUGACCAGAUUUAUAUUCUGAAGGAUGGAAGCUAUGGGGUGAUGAAAGACGUUGAAGAUGUCAGUGGCAGUGCAUACCUAUAUCGCAGUGUUGAUGAUAAGAUUAAUAUUUACCUGGGCGUGAACAAUAACGAUACUAGGAAUGCUGACAUGGAUAGUGAUCGGGGUAGAGAUGGCAGGGGGAACCUAAGUGAUAACCUUCUUAGUGGGAACCUUAGCAGUAGUCUUCAUCCCACGAAUAGCAGUUACCCAAGCCAGGAGGAAGACAAGAUCUCUAAUCUGUACAAAUGCCUCUUAUGUAAAAAAUUGUACUCUUCCCCGACAACUCUACCUUGCUGUGGAGAGACCUACUGCAAAGGCUGCCUCUACAGGUAUAACAGAAAAAGGAAAAAUAAUUACUCUUCUCCUCAGUUCUCCUCAUCCGGGUACCAACACAACGGGGGGGGGGAUGGUAGAUCCCAAAUGAUGAAAUGUCCAAACUGUCAGAAGCUUAUAAAUUCAGAUGCCUUAAUUAUUAACGCGAACAUUAAAAAUAUAAUUGAUACGAUUAUUAAAAGUCAAAAGGUUGGCAAUGGGAAUAAAGACGAGGAAGAGGUCGGGGGGGGGAAGGGGAGGAGGGGAGAGGACGAUAACCAUGCGUACUACCAAACCAAUGGUGGUGCUUCGAUCGGCCUAGACAAACAGAACAAAUGGGAAAGCAUCACAGUAAAUGGCGGAGUAACGUUACCCGUCAGUGCCGCCGCCUCAAACGGGGAAGCCAACAUUACGUCCACGAUAGGCACGUCUUACUUCUCAAGCGAUAACAACCGAAGCCAUAAUGACAAAGCAACCAACGGAGUUACCAACAACAGUGAAUCCUCUUCGUCCAUUUCUGCCCCCAAUGGGAAAUUAUAUCAAAGGAAAGCACUACUCCCCAAUGGGAGCUUCCCACCAGGUAGUGACCUUCCCAGCAAUAACAGCAGAACAACGGAGGAGCAAAAUUCAGUUAACAGUAGCAGCGUCUGCAACGAGAAUGAAGAUCAAUUUCAAGACAACGGUUUCAACCCGCUAAUAAAUUUACCUAUCAAUCUGCAAGAGAUAAAACGCCAACACGAUUUUGCUGCAGCGUAUAUAGCCAGAUAUAGAAUGAGGCGAAAACCGAAGCGGAAACGAACUAUCGACCUCGGAAUGCUUCUCACGAGUAAGAGCAGGGUGAGUUAG